AUGGGUAUAGGGAGUUACUUUAAGGCGGAGAUUCCGCCUCAGACACCGAUAGGACCUCCUCCCAGGAGGCCUAGCCACCGAGCUUCUGUCUCUCUCCAUGCUCCCAUUGAGGAGAAGAUCCCUCCAGCUGCUGUUGUCGAGUUAAACUCGGCAGCUGUACCCAAGUUCGCCGCUGGUCCCCCCUCAAUUGCUCCCUCAACAGGAACCAAUGGACUACUUGACGAUAUCAAACACGAAGUCAUGGUCAACUACCUGUACCAACAGCAAUGCUCGCAGCUUUGGGUCGGUGAUAGCUCUGGCGAAAUUGAAGGUGUUCUUUUACGCAAGUCUCGUGGACAGUACAUGGCCUGCCCACCCCAACUAGGACAAUCUCCCUUUGCUAUUGCAUGCACAGCACUCAACGUUCAGUGUGCGAUGACGGUAAACUCUCGCGUCAUCAAGACCUUCCUUCAAUGGUCCCCUGAUGCAGUCGAUGUGCCAUUGAUGAAUGGUCUUCGUGUGCAGAUUUUGCCCACAGUCAAUGACCUGCCCAGAGCUCGCAAGCACCAGUUUGCAGCCUUCAUUGCAUCAGACGGACUUCUAGUUGUCUGGGACGAUGACGCCUUGAACUUGAUGGCGCGCGCCAAGAUCAUCGAAUCAGAGCUCAUGGAGCUUGUAUGGAACUCGGGACAAGCGAUGGACGAAGAUGAGAAAGAUUCUUCUACCGAGGUCGAUUACGAGAUUGACGAGGAGAGCGGCGAAAUCAAGCCCGAAUCUCGACCAGUUCAUCUCCAGAAUGCUGUUCUCGUUUCACUUACACUUCUGAUUGUUAUGGCUUCUCUUGGUGCCGCCUGGAGACAGCUCGCUGUCGAAAUUGCCAUUGAUGGUGAUUACAAGCGCCUUGGCCUUGUUGCACUCUUUCCUAUCCAAGUGUUUUUCUCUCUCUUCUUCGCACAGGUCAUUGUUGGCUGCUUGGCACAAAUUUUUGGUCCUAUUCGUCAGUUAACCAUUAAUUCCAAGUUUUAUUCAGCUCGGCCCCCUAGAAGACUCCAAGGUGCUACGCUACCGCACAUCACUAUUCAGUGCCCCGUGUACAAGGAGGGUCUGAACGCAGUUAUCCUUCCAACUGUCAAAUCCAUCAAGCAAGCCAUGUCAACCUACGAACUCCAGGGCGGUUCCGCCAACAUGUUCAUCAACGACGAUGGUCUCCAGCUUGUCAGUGAAGAGGAGCGCGAUGCCCGUAUCGAGUUCUACGCCGAUAAUAGUAUUGGAUGGGUUGCACGACCUAAGCAUGGCGAGGAUGGUUUUGUACGAAAGGGCAAGUUCAAAAAAGCUUCAAACAUGAACUUUGGUCUCAUGAUCUCCUGCAAGGUUGAGGAACGCCUGCAACUUAUCAAGCGGCCUGCCGAUUGGAGCCAGUCCGACGAGGCUCUCGCUUACGAACAGGCCCUCAAAGAUGUUCUUGAAGAGAACGGCCGUGCUUGGGCUGAUGGGAACAUUCGCGUUGGCGAUUACAUUCUCCUCAUCGAUUCCGAUACGCGUGUCCCUACUGACUGUCUUCUCGACUCCGUCUCUGAGAUGGAACAGUCACCCGAAGUUGGCAUCAUGCAGUUCAGCUCUGGUGUCAUGCAAGUUGUGCAUACCUACUUCGAGAACGGCAUCACCUUCUUCACUAACCUCAUCUACACUGCUAUUCGUUUCACUGUCUCCAACGGCGAUGUUGCCCCCUUUGUCGGCCACAAUGCCAUCCUUCGCUGGUCUGCUAUCCAACAAGUUGCUUACCAAGAUGAAGAUGGUUAUGACAAGUUUUGGUCUGAGAGCCACGUCUCUGAAGAUUUCGAUAUGUCCCUCCGUCUACAGUGUAGCGGUUACAUCAUCCGUCUUGCUGCUUGGGCCGGUGACGGCUUCAAAGAAGGUGUGUCCCUGACAGUGUAUGAUGAGCUUGCUCGAUGGGAGAAGUACGCCUUUGGAUGCAAUGAAUUACUGUUUAACCCCAUUCGCACAUGGUUGUGGCGUGGUCCCUUCACUCCUCUUUUCCGUCGUUUCUGCUUUUCCAACAUUCGUUUUACUUCUAAAAUCACUGUCAUUUCUUACAUUGGUACCUACUAUGCUAUUGGUGCUGCCUGGAUCAUGACUACUGCCAAUUACUUCCUGAUGGGCUGGUUCAACGGAUAUCUCGACAAAUACUAUCUUGACUCCUGGCAGGUAUGGUUUUCCAUCAUCCUUGUUUUCAACGGCCUGGGCAAUGUUGCACUUGCCGUUAUGCGAUACCGUUCUGGUGAACGUAGCUUAGGCUACGCUAUCUACGAGAAUUUCAAAUGGACUUUGAUGCUGGCUCUUUUCCUUGGAGGUCUUUCCCUUCAUGUCAGCCAAGCCUUGUUGGCGCAUAUGUUUGAGAUUGAUAUGAGUUGGGGCUCCACCUCUAAGGAGGCCGAGUUCUCUAACUUCUUCAUUGAGGUUCCCAAGGUUUUGAAGAAGUUCCGCGUCUCUAUGACUCUAUCUCUCCUGGCCAUCAUUGGUCUCAUUAUCAUGGCUACUGCAGACUUUAUUCCUCACGACUGGCGCAUCAAUGACUUUGUUGCGAUUCUCCCCAUGGCCACUGUAGCCGGAAGUCACCUUCUAUUGCCUUUGGCCCUGAACCCCGCCCUGAUGACCUUCUCUUGGUAA